CUGUUAAUUGUUUCGUUUGUUUUCAGAAGGGUUUCGGUUAUGAAUGAUGAUCUUGAGAAUAUGAGAAGAAAAUCUUGAUCCCAUGGGGGGCAGAAACUAUUUGACGGUUCGUGUACUGGUUCUGAUUGUAAGCUGCCUUGUUGUACUUGAGUACAUCUCGCUCCUGCAAAGUGCUGAGAAUGCUGAUAAACAGAAACCCAGUGUAUUUAAUAUGCUGGGGGAAGGAGGGGUGGCAGCAACAGGCUGGCAUAGACAUAUUCUACAGAGCUUGCCAUCUGAUCUGUACCGAAGUGAGUUGAUACCAAGAAAUCAAAAUGAAUCUGUGAUAACGAAACCAACAAGCCGUACUAUACAUCCAAACUCAACCCUAUCAGAUUGUCCAAUGAUACCACCAAACCUUCUAGGAAGGUUCCCAGUCUUAACUCAACAGGUUCCUGAUUUUUCUGAGAUGGAAAGUAUGUUCCCAGACCUGGAGUUAGGGGGCAGCUUUAAACCAGCAGACUGCAAACCGAGACAUAGGGUUGCUAUAAUAGUACCAUACAGAGAUAGGGAAGAUCAUCUCAGAGCUUUCCUUUAUAACAUUCACAGAUUUUUACAGAAACAGCAGAACGAGUAUGGUAUUUAUAUUGUAGAACAGUCCGGGAACGGUCCUUUUAAUCGGGCGAUGCUGAUGAAUGUUGGAGCUGCUGAAGCAUUGAAGCAGCAUAGUUAUCAGUGUUUUAUCUUCCACGAUGUUGAUCUUCUUCCUGAGGAUGAUAGAAACCUAUAUACCUGUCCUAUUCAACCUAGGCACAUGUCUGUAUCUGUAGACAGCUUUAUGUACAGACUUCCGUACGAUGAUAUAUUCGGUGGAGUGUCUGCUAUGACAGUUGAUCAGUUCAGGUAUAAUCAAAACUCUUAUUUGAUAUGGAAAAAAAUCAAGAACUCUCUCCCCUGGCAGCUUGUUCAUUUUUUAUUGAAGUUUU